GGUUGCCCGGGAGACGCCGCGGCGGUUCCGCUCGCGCCGGAGUUGCUGGGCCCGCUGCUGCCCGCUGCGAGCGACCCGCGCGGCUGCCGGGUGCUCCGGCCUGCUGGAGACUGCGUCACCUCCGCCCCCGUCGCCCCCGUCCGUGCCGUGUGACAUUAUACUGCAAGUCAAUCAAUAUAAUAAUUUAAGUUACUUCAACCAUAAUGGAAAAAUAUGAAAAAUUAGCUAAGAUUGGAGAAGGGUCUUACGGGGUUGUAUUCAAAUGCAGAAACAAAACCUCUGGACAAGUAGUAGCUAUUAAAAAGUUUGUGGAAUCUGAAGAUGAUCCUGUUGUUAAGAAAAUAGCACUAAGAGAAAUACGUAUGUUGAAGCAAUUAAAACACCCAAACCUUGUGAACCUCAUUGAGGUGUUCAGGAGAAAAAGGAAAAUGCAUUUAGUUUUUGAAUACUGUGAUCAUACACUUUUAAAUGAGCUGGAAAGAAACCCAAAUGGAGUAGCUGAUGGAGUGAUCAAAAGUGUGUUAUGGCAAACACUUCAAGCUCUUAAUUUCUGUCACAAACAUAAUUGUAUUCACAGAGACGUAAAACCUGAAAAUAUUCUGAUAACUAAGCAAGGAAUAAUCAAGAUCUGUGACUUUGGGUUUGCACGAAUUCUAAUUCCAGGAGAUGCCUACACCGAUUAUGUUGCUACGAGAUGGUACCGAGCUCCUGAACUCCUUGUGGGAGAUACUCAGUAUGGUUCUUCCGUUGACAUAUGGGCCACCGGUUGUGUUUUUGCAGAGCUCCUGACAAGCCAGCCCCUCUGGCCUGGAAAAUCAGAUGUGGACCAACUUUAUCUGAUAAUCAGAACACUGGGAAAACUAAUCCCAAGACAUCAAUCUAUCUUUAAAAGUAACCAGUUUUUCCGUGGCAUCAGUAUACCUGAACCAGAAGACAUGGAAACUCUUGAGGAAAAGUUCUCAGAUACCCAUCCCGUGGCUUUGAGUUUCAUGAAGGGGUGUCUGAAGAUGAAUCCAGAUGACAGAUUAACAUGUGCCCAACUCCUGGAGAGCUCCUACUUUGAUUCUUUUCGAGAUGACCAAAUUAAAAGAAAAGCACGUAAUGAGGGAAGAAACAGAAGACGUCAGCAGAGGUGAAGUUGCCUUCCUCCGUCCCCACCUGAAUCCAGGCUGGCCUUGUGACCUCCUGAGGCACACAGAAUGCAUCAGAGGUGAUGCUGUGCCAUUUUGUGAUCUAGCCCUUGAAGGGCCUGGCAGCUUCUGCCUCCUCUCUCUGGGGAAGCCAGCUACCAUGCUGCAAAGGAGCUUAGGCUGGACCGCUAAGACACCACAUGGAGAGAAAGAGACCAUUGGAAGAGCACCAAAGAGCCAGACCCCUAAGUGAAGCCUUCCUGCACCUUCCAACUCAGCACAGCCACCAGCCAGAUGUAGCCAAACAAGUGCCUCUAGCCAGCACCAAGUAGAACACGAUAACUGCCCACCUGAGCCCAGUCAGCCCACAGGAAUUGUGAGAAAUAAUAAAUCACUGUUGUUUUUAGUCA